CAAUCAUACUGAUGUUGUUGUACACUCAUGGUAGAGUACUGCAUGUAUGUAUGUACAUACGCGUGUGUGAGUGUACGUAUAGAUGACGCAACUUAGGGCAGGUCAUUGCUCGUUGGUUGUUUGGGGUGGGGGAAUUUGGGCCGGCAACAAGAACCAAAUGCGCCUCAGAGAGCAUGCUCAGAAAUACAUAUAAUGGCACAAACUCGCCAAACACAAUCAGUUGCGAGCUAACCGUCUUUGGAAUCAGUAACCCCUCCCAAUUGAAUACAACAAUUGGAUCAAAAAUGAAGUCUUUCAUUGCCCUGGCUGUUCUUUUGCCCUUGGUGGCAUCCGCCCCCAACACCGGAUCGUAUGCUUCCUUCACCCAACAUGGCCAAUCGUUUGGUUAUAACUCCAAUGGAGGCUCGCUCUCCUAUGCUCACAAGCCAACUUCAUCACCUUACCAACCUCAAGAAUCCACCUACCAACCUCAUCCCUACCAUGCUGAGCCUUCUUAUAAACCAGAGCCCUACCACACUGAACCCGCCUAUAAGCCUGAAUCCUACCACCCUGAGCCCACCUACAAGCCUGCCCCUUCUUAUGGCCACCACCAACCCAGCUACCACCAAGAACCCAAGUACGGAUAUGAGCAACCCAAGCACAAUUGUACAGUUGAGGAUGUGACUGAAGAGGCCGAGGUCUGCACCCCUGCCUUCAAGACUGAAUGUGAGGAUGUUGAGCUAGCCAUCAAGAAGAUCACCGAUGGUGAAUACUGCUACGAUGUGGCCCGAACUGUAUGCACCGAGUCCAUUGAACAGGUCGACAAUGAGGUGUGCUCCUACACCUAUGAGAAGAAAUACGAGGACACCACCGCUCAAACCGUCGAAGUGACCUUCAAGAAGGAGUCCAGUGUUCAGAUGGUGACCGUGUGCCAACCCGGAUAUGGUCAUGGAUACCAGGCUUAUGGUCAACAAUACUGCAAGGAGGUGGCUCAAGAAACCCAAUACAAUGUGCCUAUGGUUGCUCCUUUGGAUGUGGACGUCCGUGUUGGAUACCCCGAGCCUGUCAAGGCCUGUGUGAACAAGCCCAUUGCUCUGCCCCAGAUCUCUUGUGAGGUUAUCACCGAGAACAAGUGCGUGGUCCAACCUCAAAUUGAAGAGGCCACCGAGACCGUUCAGAAGUGUGUCACUUCAUUGGGCGAGCCCGCUUGUCAAAAGGUCGAGCUGACCCUUCCCAAGCAGCGAUGCGUUGAGCUUGUCUAUGGUUAUGCCGAGGACGCUCACAAGCAGGAAGAGUAUGCUCAAUAAGUGGCAUACUUUGAGCAUUGAGUUGCUAUGUAUGUAGGUCAGUUUCGACCUCUGCAAUUGUUAAACAUAUUUAUUUCUGCCAUUUGAACGUUUGUUAUGUAUUCUAUUUGUCUCCUUGAAAAGCCACCGAUAUGCAACAUUUCAUGUCCAGUCCUAUCAAUGCCAAACAAGUUUCCAUCAAGAUCAAAGAACUUUUAAUAAAGCCGACUGAUCCGAUUUUAAAAAGUGGUUGUCAAACUGACUUACUUUCUUGACUCCUUGUUUUCCA